UUAAAGUUUAAUCAUUAAAAAUUUCCUAUAAUGGAGUAUACUUGCAUAAGGCUUUUUCUUUUGAUCAGCAUUGUGUGUCUUGCAACUUCAUCAAACUCAAGGUCAAUCAUAAAAAAUCUCCCUGGCUUUCAUGGUGAUCUACCUUUUACUCUUGAAACCGGAUAUGUCGAAGUGGGAGAUGACAACGGAAUACAGUUCUUCUACUACUUUGUCGAGUCUCAAAGAGACCCGUUGCAUGAUCCUCUUCUUCUUUAUCUCACCGGUGGCCCGGGCACUCCGGCACUGUACCCUUUCAUGUAUCAAAUAGGUCCGCUAACUAUCGAUCUUGAACAUUCGACCAAGAAUAACGUAGUGUUGGAGAUAAAUCCCAAUUCAUGGACAAAGGCUGCCAAUGUAAUAUUCCUAGAUUUACCGACGGGUGUGGGGUUUUCAUAUGCGACAACAUCGGAAGCAUCAAGGAGUAGUGAUUCCAUGUUAGCCUUACAUACUUAUGAGUUUCUUAAAAAGUGGCUUUUGGAUCAUCAAAGGUUCCGCACUAACCCAUUGUACAUAUCUGGAAUUUCAUACAUGGGCAUUUUAGUACCGGUUGUUACUUUAGAAGCAUAUAAGGGCAAUGAACAAGGAAAGCAGCCACAACUCAAUAUCCAAGGAUGCCUAAUAAUUAGCCCUCUCACUGAUAAGUUCGGUGAUUUUAAUUCAAGAUUAGAGUUUGCUCACCGACUUGCGCUUAUAUCAGAUGAUAUUUAUGAGUCAGCAAAAGAAUCAUGUCAUGGUAAUUAUGUGGAUAAGGAUCCUAACAACAGAUUAUGUUGGAAUAGUCUUCAACGGAUGGAUGAAUGCACAAGUGGAAUUAACCCAUCGAAUAUAUUGGAGCCGCUAUGCGAAGAUUUAGAUACGGAUCCAACUUGUUCAAUUGAUAAGAUAUAUUUAGAGUACUGGGCAAACGAUAAAGAUGUGCAAAAGGCUCUCAAUGUUCGUGAGGGAACGGUGAAAACAUGGCAGCAAAACAAUGCUCUGCUCCAUUAUGAUUUUAAGAAAAACGAUACCAUAUAUUACUCAUACGACAUCUUCAGCAGUAUCAUAUACCAUAAACAACUUGUUGACAAAAAAUGUCAAGUAUUGAUCAUCAACGGCGAUCAUGAUAUGAACUUUCCAUACGUUGGCGCGACGGCAUGGAUAACAUCUCUCAAUCUUCCAAUUGAAAGUCCAUGGGCACCAUGGUUUGUAAGAAACCAAGUCGCAGGGUAUCGGGUGACAUAUGCAAAGAAUGGAUACUCUUUAAUGCAUGCAACUAUUAAGGGUGCAGGCCAUUCAGUGGCACUAUACAAGCCUGAAGAAGCUUCGGUUAUUGUGGAUACAUGGCUCGGUUCACAUGCUUAUUUUAGUGACAACUUAGCACUAUAAUAUUGUUGUAAAAAAAAACUUAAUUUUUAUGUUAAAAUUCUAGAUGUACAAUACAUCUAAUGUUUCUUUGACUUAAAAGUAAUCUAUUAAGUUUCAUGUCCCCGUA